CAGACCGUCUCUCUCUCCUCACAAUCAAUCACAGAAGACAGAGAAAUGUCGUCGGAGAAGACGAAGACGAAAGGAAGCAUAGUAAUGUUCCCUUUCAUGGCACAAGGUCACAUAAUCCCAUUUCUAGCCUUAGCUUUUCAAAUCGAGAAACGAGGCUAUAAUAUCAUCUUCAUCACCACUCCACUCAACAUCAAAAACCUCAAACCCUUAAUUCCCCCUUCUUCAACUCUUCGUCUUCUCCCGAUCCCCUUUGAUCCAACUUCUCACGGCCUCCCACCAACAGCAGAAAACACAGACACUCUCCCUUACCCAUUAAUCAUCCGUCUCCUCCAAGCAUCUCUAUCAUUCAAACAACCUUUUCGAAAUAUCCUUUCUAAUCUCAUAGAUAGAGAUGAAUCGCCGUUAUGUGUUAUCGCUGAUAUAUUCUUUGGUUGGUCUGCUCAAAUUUCAUCUGAAUUGGGAAUCUUUAAUGUUAUUUUCAGUGGUGCAGGUGGGUUUGGUUUGGGUUGUUAUUAUUCAGUCUGGCUUAAUCUUCCCCAUCGUGAAAGUAACUCUUUGCAGGAAUUCUCACUUCCUGAUUUCCCUGAAGCUGGGACUUUUCAUGUUACUCAGCUUGCUGCUAGCUUCCUUGCUGCUGAUGGGAAAGACGAUUGGUCGAUUUUUCAACGAGAGAAUCUUCCUGGGUGGAGGAAUUCAGAUGGGAUUUUGUUCAAUUCUGUGGAUAUGAUUGAUGAAAAAGGUUUUCUUUACUUCAAACGUAAACUGGGUAUUCCGGUAUGGCCAAUUGGACCGAUUCUUCUCUCUGGAGAUAAUGGAAAGAAACAGGUAGGUGUCUCCCGGGAGAUUUGUGUUCAAUGGAUGGAUUCAAAACCAGUGAAUUCAGUUCUGUUUAUUGCAUUUGGUUCACAAAACACGAUUACAGCAACUCAGAUGAUGAGAUUAGCGAAUGCAAUUGAGCGAAUUGAGGAAUUGAAUUUCAUUUGGGUUGUUCGUCCUCCUCUAGGAUUUGACAUAAACUCUGAAUUCAAACCGGAUGAGUGGCUGCCUGAGGGGUUUAUGAACCGUUUAUGUAAUGAUCAAAACAGGGGAUUGAUUGCGGUUCAAUGGGCGCCUCAGAUGGAGAUAUUAUCGCAUAAUUCAGUUGGUGGAUUUAUUACGCAUUGUGGAUGGAACUCGGUAUUGGAGGCAUUAAGCUGUGGGGUGCCUUUGAUUGGAUGGCCGAUGGCGGCGGAGCAAUUCUUUAAUGCGAAAUUUUUGGAGGAGGAAAUGGGAGUUUGUGUGGAGGUUGCUAGGGGGACGAAUUUUGAAGUAAGGGUAGAGGAUAUUGAAAGGAAGAUUGGGAAGGUUAUGAAAGAGGGGAGUGAGAUUGGGAUGGAAAUGAGGAGGAAAGCUGGUGAAGUUGGGAGUUUGAUUAAAGAUGCCAUUAGAGAUGAUGGGAGUUUUAAGGGUUCUUCUGUUAGAGCUAUGGAUCAGUUUUUGGAAGCUGCUAGGUUGAAGACGAAGAAGAGCAGUUGUUCUACUAAGUAGGGAUUUGUAAGGAUAUUUUUUACUAAAUUGUACUCUUAAAUAAGAGAAUUGUAAUUUAAUAUUACAAAAUUUGAAAAAUGAAAUAAGUACAAGUUUAAUUUUAAAAAGUAAAAUUAUAU